AGCACUUCCGGCGCCCUCCCGCCUCGCCGCCCCAUGGCCGCGUCCGUGGAUUUCAAAACCUAUGUGGAUCAAGCUUGUAGAGCUGCAGAUGAGUUUGUCAAUAUUUACUAUGAGACAAUGGACAAGAGGAGAAGGGCUUUAACCAGACUGUAUUUGGACAAAGCAACAUUAGUUUGGAAUGGAAAUGCAGUGUCUGGGCAAGAAGAACUAAAUAAGUUUUUUGAAAUGUUGCCAUCAAGUGAAUUCCAGGUUAAUGUGUUGGACUGCCAGCCUGUUCACGAGCAAGCUACUCAAGGCCAGACAACAGUCCUCGUGGUGACAAGUGGGACUGUCAAAUUUGAUGGGGAUAAGCAGCGCUACUUCAAUCAGAACUUCCUGCUGACAGCACAGGCCACCCCCACCAACACCGUGUGGAAGAUCGCCGGGGACUGCUUCCGCUUCCAGGACUGGGCCAGUUAGCAGGGCUGGCCUGGCAGUGACCUCUCCCCUCUGGCACCACCACUGCACUGUGCAGGCAGCUGUUCCACGGGGGCUGCGCGCUCUUUGUGUUGCAUCUGAUGUUACGGACGGGCUGCGGAUGUUUCGGGGUUGAUUCCAGUGACCACAGCUGUAGUAAUAAAAUGUGAGAGGUUGCUCGUGUUAGUUGAAUUUAGUCAAGUGCUGAAGGCAGUGAGCUGUAUUCGAAUCAUUCCUAAAAUGCCUUACAUGCAGCUGUGCUGCCACUGCUGAGUGCUCAAACCGUUCUGUUUGAACACAGAAUCCUAUUCGUGUACAAUUCUGACCAAACGUAAUUUUUUUCAACUUGAAAAGAUCUGUUUUUACAGUAUCAUCUUCUCUCUUUUGAAGAAGAUGCUUGUGGCAUGAAGAUGUAAUUUUGAAAGCUCCCUGCUCCCAGUUGUGAGAGGCUGGGAAGGAUUGCUAUGGUUUCUACUGUUAGUGAAAGGAGCAAAUACAGCUCCUAAGUUUGUAAUCUCUCAAUCCAUUGGAAAGGUAAUGUUUACCUUCUCUGAUGCCAAAGGACCAUAUAUCUUUGGGUUUCCUUUCAGUCUGAGCUUCCCAGACUUUGGUUGUUAAUUCCAUGGAUUCAAAUGUAGGGCAUGCUGAAUGAUUCGGAGCUCCUGUGCCAAUAACUCUUCACAUGCACGUGGAGGGCUUCAAACUGAUUGUUUGUCUUUUGCAGUCUUAUCAUGGCCUAGAAAUAGGUCACAUACAUGCUUUCUGGCUUUAGUUCUGCAUUCUGUUGCUAUGAGGUUUGGAUUAUUUUUCUCGUAUUAAGUCUGCAAGUUUUGAAUCCUUUCUGUCUUUUCAAGAAACAUUGUAGUUAAAAAGUGGCACUGAAAGUGUGCAUUACUGUGAAGCCUUCAAUUUUUCUCAUCAGUACUGUUACUCAGAACAGGUGCUUGCAUUAUUUUCAAUUGAGAACAGCAGCUCUGCACCACUAACACUAUCUUCCUCUCAUGCAGAUUUUUACUGUAUUUUUUCACGUUCUUUUUAAAAAUUGCCUUUAAUUAUUGAUUAUGUGGGGGGUUUGUGUGUUUUGCUUUAAAUUUGUAGUUUAAAGCUUCCAGCUGCUUUGAAAUACUUUUCAAGACUGUAAGUUAAGAGAGUCCACCUUUGGAAUUUAAGAGCAAAUCUGAGUAUCAGCAGCUUUGUUUUAAACUGGUGUGUUUCUGUUUUAAGCUAAGUAAACAAAAAAACAAACCCAAAAUGUAGCUGUAUAGCUGUAGCUGUAUCCCUGAGUAUACCCUUGCUU